AUUUUUUUUGACAAAGCAAACUCUAGAACUUUUGAAUCAACUUCUCUCUCUACCUGGAUUUGAAGAUAGGAAAAAUGGAUUCCGAAGCAGAGAACGCCGCCGGAGAUGAUGCCACUGGAGCUAAAGAUGCUUGGAUCCAGACGUUGGGUUGCAUUCUUAUUGAAAACCAGAAGCUGCUUCAAGAGAUCUCUUCUCAGAACUUUCUGCUAGACAAAAUGGAGGAGAUGCAAAAGAAAAAUGUGACAAAGGCUGAGCUAAAGCAGCUAGAGAAAAAAAUGAUCAAGCAUAUCCAGAAAAACAUUCAGUUGAUGGUUAAAGAGCUAUUUGAUGCCACUGGUGAGCUCAAGGGGAUGCUUCAUCAUGAAGAAUCAUCAACUCUUAUCAUUGCUGAUGUCAAGAGACAGAUAGCUGAGUUGAAGAACUCUCUUGAGGAUGCAUGAAGAAGCAGCAAGCUGACUCUCCAGUUUAACCACAGUUACAGGUUUAUCAUGCCUAUAAGUAAAUAGUCAAUAGCUACCAUUCAGCAACCUUAUCACCAAAAAAAAAAAAGCUUCUUUUGCGAUUUAUAACAUGUGAAAAUACUUCUUCAUGCGUGUUCUAAUACUAGAGACUCAAAGGAAAGAUCCAUUUACUUAGUUUUCUUAUUGUUUUUGUUUCCUGUUUGGAAACACAAACAUGGAUGGGAAUCUUUUAGAUCUUAAACAUUUUCUUCUUCCC